CUUCCGGUGCAAGUGCUUGACAACACUGCAAACUUUCGUUAUCUGAUAACGUUUUCCCUACUUUCCCUUUUUGAUUUGUACAAGUCAAGAAAAAUGGCCAACGAAAAAUUAAUGAAGGGACAUAUACUGGAUUUUGCGGCACAGAUGAAGAAGUUGGUUAAUUGCAAAGACCACAGUGACAUCAAGUUUCUAAUAGGACCAAACAGAAAACCAAUAUAUGCUCACAGAUGCAUUCUGUCCACACGAUGUGCUGUGUUUAAGGCUAUGUUCAACGAUCAGGCACAGAAAGGAGAGGGGGCACAAAAUGCUAACGUACCAUUCGUUCUGACUGACAUAUCACCAGAAAUUUUUACAGCAAUGAUGGAGUUUAUAUACACUAACUGUGUCACACUCACACCAAAGAUAGCGAUUGACACACUUGCUUCAGCUCUAGAAUAUGGACUGGAUGAACUCAGGAAGUUGUGUGGUGAUUUCCUCAUUGACAAUCUGAGUGUACAAAAUGCAUGUGAGUGCAUGCAGGCUGCUGUUACAUACAGUCAACAGGAACUAAAGGAGCAUACACUCCGCUACAUAGAGGAGCACACAGAGAAUGUGUUCAAAGCCAAGGCUUUCCAGGAACUGGGAGAGGAUGCCCUGAUAGAGAUUCUGAAAUCUGAUGAGCUAAUGUUAGAUGAAGCAGACAUUAUUAAAUACAUCAAAGAAUGGGCCACAGUCAAUGCUGUUGUGCUGAACCGACCAAUGAGUGAGGUAGCCAGGAGAAUUGUCAGCCAUGUUCGAUUAGCUCUGCUGUCUGCUGAAGAAUUGGAGAAAGCUGAACGGGACAACAAAAAAGAUAACCUCAUUCCUGUGGACUGCUUCAGUGGAGCAUGGAAAUUUCAUGCCACAAAAAAGGGAGACAAAUCAAAUCCAUUGCUGACAAAACGAAAAGGAACCACGGAUCGGACCCACCAUCAAACUUUGGAGUAAAAAUAAAAAGAAACCACGGAACGGGCCCACCAUCAAACCUUUGUGUAAUUAACAAACAAAAACUCUGGAAAAAAGGACUGUCGUAAGCUAGAAUUCCAGAAAUGCUCACAGGGAAAAAAAUACAAUUUACAAACUUUCUCCACGCUUUAUACUUGCUAGGUAAUGAAAUUAAACUUUGUCACUAAAAUUGCAAAGAUAUCAAAAGUGGUGCAUGUCAUUGUCAUGACUACCUGUUCAUAUUGAUGAGGAAUUUGAUGAGAAAUGCAGAUGCCACAGAAUGUUCAUGCUUAAUUAAAUGAUAAAAAAAGUAUUUUUGAAAACUAAUGGUUGAAAUUUUUGGAAGAUCUUUUGUUUUUGAUGAUUUUUAGUCCUGCCAGGGUAUUUGUGGUUAUGAGAGUUUCAUGAAUAUGCUUUAUCUUUUUUGCAAUUCCAUAUCCCAAGUUAUCUGUGAUAAAAAUAUAUGUAACAUGUAUUAAUGCAUAUAAUAUUCUUCAUACACAUUAAUCAUUUUUUAACAUAUUUAUAUGCGUGGACACUUAAAAUUCUUUUUAUUUUGUUCAUUGUUUGUUUUAUGUAGUUUAGCUAGAAAAAAAAUCAGGAUAAUCUUACUUGAUAAAACACCAAAUAGUACAAAUAAAAGCAAAUGUCUAGAUGACUUUAGAAUAAAAUUCGGAUUUUCUUAAAUACUAUAGACUUUUUACAUUAUAUUUAUCUGUGAGAUUAAAGAUCAAGUUUAAAUUAUAAUUAUAAGAGGAAUUUUUGUUUCAAAGUUAAACCAUUUACUUUGUAUCAAUUGAAAGCAUAAAUUGUAUCAAAUAUUGCUUGGUUUGAUCAUGUCUUACAGUUUUAGCAUUUAUGCUAAACAAGCAACCAAAUUAUUGCAAUUGCAACUGUAAAUGUAAUAUACGAGCAUGUGUAACUGUUAUUAUAUAUAUAUAUAUAUAUAUAUAUAUAUAUAUAUAUAUAUAUAUAUAUAUAUAUAUAUAUAUAUAUAUAUAUAUAUAUAUAUAUAUAUAUAUGUUGUUUACUAUUCACAAGUAUAAUAACUAAGCAUUUUUUGAUUAAUAAUCACUAUACUAAAAGGAAUUAUGCUUCCGUGUUUAUGUAAUUUGAAAAAGGAAAUAAUCAGUUUUGAUGUGAAAGCAUAUAUGUGUUGGUAGAAACUGAAAUGCUACAAUGUGUUAACUGGGAAGAUAUGUUUUAUAGCUCUAUACAAUAUACUGUCAAUAAACUUUGUUUUUUAAUUAAA